CAACUCUGCGCGACGUCCUGCUGUGGACCCGCUAUGUGCUUCGGCCGUGACAGUGCGGUAUUGCGGGUGUCAAUCGCGCGCUUCGAGUCGACGCGGUGAGAAAGUUUGCGGCGAGUUUUUGCCGCGAUGUCUUCGAGAGUGGCUCCCGGCGCUAUUGCUGCUGUUGCAUCGCCAUUGCUGAGGCUGUUGUUGCUGUUUUGAGGAGAAGCGUGAAGUCAUGGGGGUGUUCGGCAAGUUGCGGCAGCAUUUGUGACGCGGACUCGGCCCUUCGAUUAUCGCUUUUUUGGUGAUAAUUGAUUGUGCCGAGCCACGGUGUUGUAGAAGCGGCCCGCCCCGCGAUCUGGGUGUGUUGACGAAAGUUUUGUGGGUGUCUUACGGUCCCGAAAAAGUUGCGCGCUCAGCGCGGCGCGCCCGGGAGACUUCGAGUAUGUUGUCCUCUUCGUCGGGCUUGUCAGCGUCCAAAGAGCAUCAGCUCUUCCAGGCUGUUCGCAACGAGGAUAUUCCAGCGAUCCUGCGAACGCUCUCCAAAAAGAAGGGCCUCAGGACGCCCAAAAAGAUUCUGACCGGCGAGCGGCGGACGCACGUAGACACACGAGACAGCGAUGGCAUGUCGAGCCUGCACCAGGCGGCGCUGCAGUGCUCGGUGCCCGUGAUGCGACUCCUGCUCGACCUGGGAGCCACCGCGGACCUUAAGGAUUCCAGGGGUAUGCGGCCACUGCACUACGCCGCAUGGCAGGGCCAGGCCGAGCCCGUGGCUCUCCUCCUGGAGUACAACUCGUCCGUCAACGACGCCUCGAGUAUGGGAGACACGCCGCUACACCUGGCGGCGCAGCACGGACACGUGCUCGUGAUUGAGAAGCUUCUGAGUUACCAUGCCAACCCGCUGAUCCGAAACGGCGAGCACAAGACGCCGCUUGACCUCGCCUGCGAGUUCGGAAGGCAAAAGGCGGUGGAGGUUUUCCUGCGCAACCCCAGGUGUCGCCAGCUUCUGUACGAGAGCAGGCAGGACACGCUGGACAACCAGCGCACCACGUGCCUCCACUUGGCGGCGAGGAACGGACACACCAGUGUGCUCAGGUGCCUCCUGGCGGCUGGCGCGGACAUCAACAGGUCUACGCUGCGUGGCACGGCCCUUCACGAGGCGGCCAUGCACGGAAAGCUGGAGGCUGUGCGACUGCUGCUCCAGAGUGGCAUCGACGUGAACAAGCCCAACUCGUCUGAGCAGACAGCGCUGGACCUAGUGCGCACCUUCUCGAGCUCCAAGGCCGCCAGGGACCUCAAGGUGCUGCUCAGAGAGAUGCUCCAGGCCCUUCCAGCACGGGCCAUUCGGGACCACUACGACCCCAGCGACAGCGAGUGCCUUAUGCUGCGCGAAGGUGACAUGGUCACGGUUCUGGAGCAGUGCGAGAGCGGGCGCUGGAAGGGCAUCGUGUUCGGGCCGGGACACAGCUCGCGCGCCGGAUACUUCCCGGCCACCGCCGUGCAGCUGCUGCACAGGCAGGUUGGCGGCCUGCAGCGCAAUGGGACCCUGCGGUCGAGCACCAUCAAGAAAGUGGCGCCACCGGUGGUUCCGGACAGUGGCUCUGCGGCCUCGACAGGCAGGCGCCACUCUUCGUCCUCCGCCUGCACCACCCCCGUGCACCAGCUGCACUCUCCACCGCUGUACGGAUCGUCGUCCGAAGAGCCGCCGCCGUCGCCCACCGCCUACGACGGCGCCGACCAGAAGACGUUCUCUCCGGCCGAAGUGUUUUCGGAAGCUCAGAUGGCACCACUGUCGAGACCGCAGAGCCACCCGGGAACUCCAGUCGGCAUGCCCACGACGCCGCUGCCUCCCGGACUGCCGUCUGUCGGCAACCGGGGCGUGUGUUACCUCGCCGGUUCGCUGGACGACACCGGCGUGACGGGAAACCCCGGACGGGACAGUCCGAGCGGGGGAAGCGUCGAGUCUCGGCACAGCAGCUCGAGCUUGGACUCCGGUCGGGGCUCGUCGUCCAGUUCGUCCGCCGACUCCAAGGUCGCGCACCGGCUGUCCACGGGUAGCCACGGCUCGUCCAGCAGCCUGACGUUGACGAGCAGCGUGGGUAGCCACAUGAGCAGCCUCACGCCCGAGGUGGUCGUCCUCUCGCCCCUCAACGUGGCCGGACUGCUCGUCAACGGAGUCUCGGACACCGAGGUGCUCACGACGUGGCUCAAGAACCUUCACUUUGAGGAGUACACGCACCUGUUCCUGCAGGCAGGCUACGACAUGCCUACCAUAUCACGGAUGACUCCAGAGGACCUGACAGCCAUCGGCAUCACAAAGCCAGCGCAUCGGAGGAAACUCAAAUCGGAGAUCAGCAACCUGAAUAUUUCGGACGGGAUUCCAGACUACAAACCGGACAAUCUUCUCACGUGGUUGAAACUCCUGAGGCUUGAGCAGUACUACGGUUCGCUGUGUCAGCAGGGCUAUGCCACGGUCGACAGGGUGGCCGAUCUCACCUGGGAGGACCUCGAAGACAUAGGCAUUCAAAAGCUAGGUCACCAGAAGAAGCUAAUGCUGGCCAUAAAAAAGGUGCGCGACCUCAACAGCGGUUCGCGGCAGGCGAUGCAUUACGGGGACGCACGGCACUCGAGCGUCGACAUGGGCCAGCUGCUGGCAGCCAGGCCCGGCUCACAUGUUCCGGUACCGAUGGGCCAUCCGUACCAGGCUGUGCCAAGCGUGAACCAGCCGCCGUGCGAGAUGGCGCCCCCGCAUGCCAACGCAGUGCCGCCGUUGCGGUCGGACACGGACCCGAGCACUCCUCAGCUGAGGACGUUCAGGCAGCAGUCUCCUCCGCGAAUGGGCGGCAACUUCUAUCGGGCGGGCAGUGGGGACAGCCUCAUUCUGCAGCAGCAGCACUUCAGUGGGCCCGCUUUUCACCAGCCACCCAUGCAGGGGGCCGACCUGUACCAGCACGACUUCGUGUCGAUGCAGGUUCGUUCGCCCAACCGAGGCCGUUCCCUCGAAAGUCUGGAGGAUGGUGGCCCUGCGUACCAGAGUCACUCGUCGGCGCCAUAUCAGCCCCAGUACCAGGGGUACCACCACAACCCUCCGCCUUACCAUGCCCCCCAGUCGGAUUGGUACCACAUGGUCAGCAGUUGGCGGCAGCACGGCUAUGACACUGACUCCGAAGUGGUCCGACAGGUGUCUCACGGCUACGACUACAGCUACGAACCAGACGGAACGGCCACCCUGCACCGGCCACGAGGGCUCGUCAAACCCCGGCCGGUGGCCAAGGUGGCAGCGAGGGCGCUGCUGGACAGCCCCGACCUCGACUAUGACCCCAAGGACCUUGACCCCAAGCUGUCGUCCGAUUGGCCAGACACGGGAAGCGGGGCAAAGCGAAGCCCUGCCCCAACCCCGCCCAAGCGAACCAACUCCAUCCGGAGGCAGCAAGAGGCCAACAUAGCUGAGACGGCAUUUGCCACCUGCGUACAGAGCCUCACGUCCAGGUUCACCAUGGCGACAACGCGUGACGAACCGCCGCUCCCUCCGCCGCCCCCACCCGCAACGUCGGCGAACAGCGCGGCAGACGAGGCUCCGCAGGCGCCACUGCCGCCCCCGCCAGCCAUGUCGACCCCCAACUCGGCCUCUUCUUCGGACGGCGAACUCUCGCCCAGCGGCACCCUGCUCCGUCGGAAGGACUCGAACGGAUCCAGUGUCUCGUCGGAGUCCCUCCCGUUCGCCUGCGAGAAUGUGGGCACCAUCAAGCAGAGGCCCGGGGAGAGCGUGCCACCACCCUUGCCCCAACACGGCACGUCAUCUCUGCCGGCCACCGGAAGCUCUCCCGACCCAGAUGACAAUGGACUGGACAAGCCACUCUGUCGGACCAGUCCACCGACAACAGCAGCGGAUGUCCGUAGUCCCCCCGAAGAAGUUCCAGUUAGAGACAUACCCAGGAGCUCACCCCCAUCAUCACGCAACAAAGCUACAGCACAGAAACCCACUGUCCCCCCUCGUCCCGUAGACAAGUUGUCCCUGACGACAGGUGGUCGCCUGAUGACGCCAGCACCGUCGUCGUCCUCAUCGGGAGACGUGAUUCACGACAUUGAGCACAUGCUGGCCAGCUUGACCGACCAGUUGGAUGCAAUGCUGGAGAGCGAACUCAACCCCUGAGCUUUCUUUCCUCCCUCUUCAUCGCUGCCUUUCUGUUCCUUUCCAAAAUUUUUCUCUCGCACUUUGCUUGCAUGCAACGCAUACUUUCCUUACGAUGUUCUAUUCUCGAUCGGUGAUUUGCAUUUGGGGUAUAGCGAAAUCUCAUUGAUAUGAUUCUGCAUAUGAUACGUUUUUCAGCUUGUUACAUUUUUCUGUUUAUACCGGCAAAUGUCCAUCGAAAGUAAUGCGUUGUAAUUAAAAGUAUUGCAGUUCUCCCCCAAGAUUGAACAAUAUUUCCACAAAAGUGGAUCUUGACCAACAUAUCUAGAAAUCCUACCACAUCUUCAGUGCAAAAACAAAAUUUCAGCGUGACCAGUUACUUCAAUCCUGUCUAAUAAAAAGUGAGCUGACAGAGCAUGCAUAUAUUUCUGCUUCUUUUGAAAAGCUUUUUCGGUUAGUACUAUGAUUUUUACGUAAUAUUUGUAUUUACCUGUUUCGUGAAAAGCAUAUUGAAAUUCCACUGUUUCUAUAAUUUGAUGCAACAGUCACUGCUAUUUGUCCCUACGAGAUGUGCGCUCACCGAUAAUAGUAUGUCGCUCUUUCUGUUAAUUUCAUCGGUGGAGACUUGAUGAAUGCACAGUUUGAAAGAGGUACAAACCAUUGCGGUGCUCAACUGCCACCAUAUUCCCAUGGCAAUGUACUUAUCUGUGGUUCCUCUGAUUCUGACCAAACCAAUCGGUUUGCUAUGCCUUGUCGUAAUGUUUUUGUACUUUGUUGGCUCAGUCCUGCUCAUUACCGAUCGAGGAUGCAGAUUUUCCACCUUUAAAUUGCUAGAAUGCCAUUCAGUACAGUGAUAUAGCUUUUGUUGCGUCACACCAAGGCAUGCCUUUAUUUCUGUUCCCUCACUUUUUUUUGUCCUGUCUGCUUCUCAUUGCCCUUGUCGUGGAAACUGUUGAUCCUCCCUGAACGCUCUGUUCUAAUCUAUUGGUCAAUUUCUUCAUGCCACUCUCUUGCACGCAUCCCUCCCUUUCGUCCCUCUUUCACUUCUGCUUUCUCACAAUCACCAUCACGUAACUGCGGUCCUUUCCGCUCUCCUGGGUUCUGUGAGCAGCCUGCAUCUAACGGGACGUGGCAACGCACCGUUCUUUUGGCCACCGGUGCACAUUUCCGGUUGGCAAGGGUUUGAGGAAAAGAUGGCAUCGCCACGACGACGACAACUAGACAACGAACGGUCAAGCAAACCAGUUGUGAACGCGAACUGCGCAAUCUCUUCCGAACUCCGCGUAGAUCACUCCCCCAAUCCGUGACACUUCACCCUCCCCCUCCCUUCCUCGUUGACUGCCAAAGUGCACGAAAUGUGUCCGCUACAACAUUGACUAACGGACUUCAUCGUGACGCAUUGUGUCAACUAUGGCAAGUUCACAAAAUGUCGAAACGCUGCAGCGGAUUUCCUUCCUAUCUCUCACCAAUGCAACAGCUGACGACGAUAGAAUCGCUCCAUAUCGUCUUUUACGGAAGCGCGACUUCUGUAGGACAUUUGAGCACCCGUGCCUGACCCGACCAUGGUAUUGCGUGACGUGCGCCGUGUAAAUCUUGCAUUGGCUCUGUCACUUCGUCCGUGCGACCCAAACUUCGGUGCACUUCUUUCUUUUUCAUCAUAGGUGUGUGUGCAAAAACUGGCUGCGCUGCUUGGACCUGCGUUGUUGUUUCUGAAUAAUUAGUGUGCGGCUCGUUCUGAGCAAGAAUUUGUUGUUUGUGCAGGCCGGUGGUGUUGUUCUGAGUGCCGAGAUCUGUUUCACCCGCUGCAAUUACACGCGCGCCAUUUCACAUUUCUGGCGCAACGAAUUCAUUCAUCAACUUUUAAAACAAUUGUGCGAAUCGCACACGAAAAAAGGUUUUGGUCUCGAGUAAUAAUGGACUGCAACGUACACCCAAAUUUUAGCUUCAAAAGAGUGUGUGCACGAGUGAGAUGACCUGCAUGUAGUGAGUCAUUGCUCGCACCAUUCUAUCAGGAACCAUGUUAGCUUUGGUCAUUACCACUGUAUUCAAGAUUACUGGUAUGCUAACAACAUUGCCUCAUUGUUUUUCACAGUGGUGCUAUGUUUACACACUUGUUCAUCAGAUGUGUCUGAACAACUCGCUUGCUGUUUGAGAUUGGCUUACUACAUGUCUCAACCGUAACAAAGCCUUCACAUUUAACAGUGUUGCUAUGAAGGACUGUUGGGAAAAAAUUGCCUACAGACUAGUGGUAACCAUCGUAAAAACAUGUAACUUUGUGCACGUUAUGCACAUAUGUGCUUUUUCUUGAAAAACUCGUCUGUUGCAAUAUUAUGUGCAGCAUUUCAUAAAAUGAUAAGUAAAAGCUACUCGUGAUGUUCUUAUCAUAGAAGCUUAGACACUGGGGCAUUCGCCUAAUCUAUUCAGGCAUGUCCAGUGCCGUGCGUUAGCGAGAAGGCUUAAGUCGAGCGUAUUGUCAGUACGCAAUAUAAACCCCACCUGCAUCUUUUCCGGCCGGCCUCUUACCUGUCUAUCUCGCUGAAGUUGGGAAAUAGACACAAUCGCCGGCAGUGCUGCCGCCUUGUGGUGUAAACGUUCUCUUCAUUAGUGACACCAUGGUAGCGCAACGUCCCGGCAGUAUCGUAGCGGAGACGUCUUACGGUUUCGUGUGUACAUACGCUCGAGAGAGGCACAGCCCAUAACGAGUGCAGUCCCCUCAGAAUCAAAGUUUUCGAAAGGCCCAACACGGCCGCUCGAGAGAAAGUACAAGUUCCUUUUCUGUUCUCUUGCUGGCUCCCCGUUCCGCGAGUAUGAACAGUUUUAGCCGUGGGGACGACGGCUGGAGGACGGCGACGCUGUUUUUGAACACGCGACAGGCAGUUGACGUUGUGUGUGUGGCAGUAGCUACGUUGUGCAGAUUACCUGUGGACUCAAAUUGGCUCGCAUGAUCAAGGGCUUAUAUUGUACAGCAGCGAAUGUAAUGGCAGUUAUCUGCAAUGUUGCACCCUAAUGUCUUAUUGUCAAAUGCUAGUGAAUUGAGUAGAUCUCGCACAUGGAAAGCGCAGGCUUUGUGUAAAAUGUGCGUUCUUCAGGGGUGCACAUUCCAGGCAUUCUUUUGAGCUUAAGAUUUAAUUUCUUUUUAGUUCUGAUGUAACUGUCAAAUCAAAUUCUGUCGCUGUUUUGGGAAAUGGCAUUCUGCUUGGCAUAGCGUAAACAUUAAUGUUUUUGAUUAAUAUGAACAGAAUAAGGAGCAUGACAUUUUUCAGUUGACUGAUGUUAAAACUUUGAGCAAGAUAAAAUAUAUCAGUGUGUGAUAUAUAACAUUGUGAAAGCGCAUUGCCACAAAAGUAGCAGUUUGAGUAGGUUGGCACAUCUUGAGUUUGUAUAAGUGUUAUGUAGUGCUAAAGAAAUGAGCAUGAUGGAAAGAUGUAAAAGACAGACUACGAAUGUUAUUCGUAUCACUACGUAUGACUUCAAGGCUCAGACGAUUUUGAAAAUGUUGCGCUUAUGCCAGAAGAACUGAAACGAGUUACUAGCUGUUUUGGUAUUGCUAGGCAAUGUUGGUUGCGUCUGCAUCCUUGACACAAAAAAAAUGCACUAAGACCUCAUUAUAACAGUCACACCUGCCUCGAAAAUACUUCAUUAAAUCAGAAAAGUUAUUAUACGUAUUUUCGUAACACUGUAUUCUUGACAAAUCUAUUCUUUACGUCGUUAAGACUGAUAAUUCAUUAUAUCGUGAUUUUAUUCGCAUAGAACAAGGUUUGGUGUCUUGAGUCAGCAUUCAUGAUCUGCACAGAGGCUGCCACCUACAACUUUCCUCAGCAAUCCUGCUGCAGCUGUGUUUAGCAUCAUUUCUGUGCUGAGCAAGUGUGUUUGAUUGCCAAGUUGAUGGCUGUCUCUGUAUUUUUUGGUUAUUGUCCUAUUUUCCACAGCUGGUCAGUGGAAAUUGAAGAAAAAGGAAGAGAUCCAAGAGGGUAUGGCUUCCUGAAGUUCCACGAGAAGUUUAUAUGCAGUACUUUAGCCACUAAAAGUUGGCGUUUGCUUGCAUUUUGAAUUUUGUUCUUUGUGCCACAGUGUUUUCUUUUUCUGUGCGUGUGUUGAUGUGUUCAUUUAUUUUCAGAAUGAGUGCGGUAUUAUGGCUGCGUCAAUCUUUCAUUGCUUCGAUGACAUGUGUCCUGGAUGCGGCGUGUUUCAUUCAUCCAUGGUUUUACCAUACGAACAAAAUUGUUGGGCUGAUUUGUGGUUAUCGUUAUAGUCUGUUGAGUUUUUUUUUUUUUUUCUUUUUUGCAUGGUUGCGUUUACUUCAAACUUCCAAGGCAAACCACUUCUUAGUGCAGAAUGAAUGAGACAGUAUGUUGUAGCGUUCCCUUUUCCUUUUGCCAAUGUAUGUUUGUUUACUUGUUGGACAUACGUGCUCGAUUCAUCUUAUUCUGCAUCUACUCUUACCCUGUGAGCCGGUUGUGUACAUGUCGCAUUCUCCUGCGAACAUGCUGCGAACAUUAUAACAUGAUUGAUGCACGUUCCUUAAGCAGGUGUUGUGCUAUAACUUCGAUUUCUUCUUUUUCUCUCAAGUUUUUUUUUAUUAGGUUAGGCGUUCUGUGGACGAUAGUUCCUUUUGAGACUGAAAUUGUGUCGGGCAUGUGGUUGCUUGCAUCAAUUGAAACCUGCCUGUAUAAGUGAAGUGCUUUGUUUCUGGAAGCACCACUAGUUGUUAAAUGUUCAAGUUUCUUGCUACAUCUUUGCUUCGGUUGGGAUACAAAUGCCAUUUAGAUUUGCGGCUGCCGUUGGGAUUAAUCAAGAUUCAGCCAGUAAGUGCUAGAACCGUAGUAACUGCUACUUUGUCUCGUUAAAGUGUUCCAGUGAGCCAUAUUUAAGUCUGUUUGGACUUGUCAUCAAAGUUGGUUGCCAGUUUUCUUUAUUGUUAAUAGACAGCCAAUUGAGCAUCCUUUUGCCAAAGAGGCCACCUUCCCAGCAAUAGCGCAGAAGUUGAGACUCUGAAAACGCACUUCGUAGACAAGAAGCUUGCACCACAUCAACAACCCCCACAUUCGUUUUAUUGAAGGAAGUGGCUUUUAUGAAAUCUAACUGGUUCCCGUUUUCCUCGACGAUACCCCUUUUUCGAGGUUCUAAAGGCAAUACUACGUAGUACAUAGAUUCCACUUGUCCGCAGCAGCUGACAAUCUAGCAUUCAUCGUAUUUUAAGGCUGAAAUACCCCGAAAAGAUUUUUUACAAACAAGAUGCUGGUUUUAGAGCACACAUUUUAUAAACUGCAUUGUGCACCAAUGCCACUGAAAAAGUAGCAUCUGUUGAAUACCAGCUACUUCCACUCAGUUAUCAUUCAAAAUGUGUUCUUGCACGGUAAAUGGCGUUUGUGGCUUCCCGGCAAGGCAGGGCCGACUUUUUCAAAUUAACAUAUCUGACUGCAAAUAGCGAUAGGUUUUAGUGACUGUUUAGAUGUGCUAAAGCAGUUGCGUAAAGAGGAUUAGGCAUCAAUGUUUUAGGGAGAGAGUGCGGCACACAUCAUACUUGAACUGCUGCGAUGUACCGUGUGAUGUUUUGUACUUUAUUCCGUUAUCCUCGAAAGCCGAAGGCCUGUUGAACAUAUCGCCUUCUUCAAAGUUUUUGGGACGUCCUUUACAGUUCUUUUUAAUUUUUUUUCAACACGUAGAUUCGUUUCUAGCAUGGCUAGCAACCUGACACUGUGGCAGGGGUAUGUGUGUCUCAUUUUAAAACCAGCAUCGGUUGUCUCACGAGUCAUAGCCUGCAGAGUUUCUUCAAAUCACAGUGCCAAAAAAAAGUAACCACCUCCACUAAUUACAGAAAAAAAGAAAAGGUCAUUCGGGAAUCGUGAAACUACAUUUGUUCACUCAAGCAAACCAUUUCGUGGAAUGCUCUCCUUUGCAAUCUUGCAUCAUUUGUUGAGCUGACGAUGUGUUCUCGUUCAAAACACGGCUCACUCUUGUGGUGCAAACAGAAUAGUAAAAAAAAAAACAUGUUUACAGUUGUUUUGUGGUCGUAGACCAAGAAAUGUGUGAAGAGACGAGGAGAGAGUUUUUUUCUUCUCAACUCUGCAGCGGUUAGAUAAUCGAUGUGUCAUAGACGAUUAACUAUUUUUAGAGAGUUCAGGGCCAGGGAUGGUUGACACUGGCCUGAGCUAAGAGAGCAUAGUGUCUUUUUCUCAAUGCCUUGAGUGUUAUGUUUGUUUUUCUUCAUCUGUGUCCAUUUGGCAAUUUCUUUUCUUCCCCUUCGGAAAAUAAAAAGCAGAGUUUGAAGGACAGAAAAGAAAAA